UGUUUAUUUGUGAAGUCUGUCCAGAUAUUGUGAGGGGUUUGACAAAAGGUCCAGUUUUGGGGAUUUUUUGGAUUUGGGUGGGAAAAGAGGGGCCAAAAAAGAAAAUUUUUUGGUGAUGGAGGUCUGUCCAUGGUGGCUCUGCGAUUCAAAUUCAUCGAAUGGGGUUUGGACUAUUAAAGGUGGACCCUCUUUGGAUUUAUGAGAAAAGUUGGAAUUGGUGGUAUCAGAUAGUGGGGAUUGGCUGACUUUUGUUUAUUGUACUGGUAGCUGUGUUGUGAUAUCACACGAAGAAAGCAGUUGAUUAGGGAAAUGGAGUGUAAUAAAGACGAGGCUACCAGAGCAAAAGAAAUCGCAGAGAAGAAGUUUAUAGCACGGGACAUUUCUGGAGCAAAGAAAUUAGCUUUGAAGGCUCAAAAUUUGUUUCCUGGUCUUAAUGGUCUUCCCCAAAUGUUAUUAACACUUGAUGUGCAUAUUUCUGCAGAAAACAAAAUAAAUGGUGAAGCGGAUUGGUAUGGGAUACUUGGUGUGAAUCCACUAGCAGACGAUGACACGGUGAGGAAGCAAUAUAGGAAGUUGGCCCUGAUGCUUCAUCCUGACAAGAACAAAUCUAUAGGGGCAGAUGGGGCAUUUAAACUUAUUUCAGAAGCAUGGAGUUCGUUGUCUGAUAAGACUAAGAGAAUAGCAUUCGAUCAGAAGAGGAAUGUGAAAGCAGGUCAGCAGAAAGUUCAGCCUCCAAGUGGAGGUCCAUCGUCAUCCGCUGCUGCUAAUGGUUUUUACAGUUUCACUAAAAGUAGGACUACAAACACAAAAGCUCAUAAGAAUACCACUCGGAUGGGUCCCUCUUCUGCUCCUGCUUCAGCUCAUAAGCCAAAGCCCAAUACCUUUGGGACAGUCUGCCAUCGGUGCAAAAUGCAAUACGAGUACCUCAGAAUUUAUCUUAACCACAAUCUGCUUUGCCCCAAUUGCCAUGAGCCUUUUUUUGCAGUAGAAACACCACCACCACCUUCAAAUGGCUCUAAAUCAUCCAAUCCUCAAUGAUCAAAAUGAUUUAUUUUAAAAAUUAACCCUAUAAUUACUAUAUGACAGUUGGAAUUUGUUCCAAAUUCCUAAUUAGUGUGUAUAGAAAUGUGAGAAAAAACAGGAGACACCCAAUGAAGUGAAAGAGUUUAUGGUUCAAGACAUGGAUAAAUAGAGUAGUGAAAUAUGAGAUGUUUCGAGAACCUAAUAAUUAUAUUUGGUUUUAUCAUUUGUAAUAUUCUCUGUAGUACAAUGGAAUGAUUCUUUUUCAUUCGUGAAUGUAGGUAUAAUUGACUAAACCACGUUAAUACAUCAUGUACUGUUGUAUUGAUUGUUU